CAGAAUGCGCGUCGGACAGUAGUGAUGUCGUUUUUACGCGUACAGCAUAGGGAAUUUAUUGGUUUUUUAAUAAUAUAAUCUAAAUGACGAAACUUAUGAAUAAUUACUAUGGAACGUUAUUUUAAGACCAAAUUGUCCUCGAUCGAAUAUAUGUGUUUCUAGUAAUAUACGACUUCUAUAAAAAGAGAUAUAGUUGUUUUAAAACAUGCAUUAGAAUUUUGUGAUAUAUAUUAUAUCUAUAGGCAAUAUAAUAUCAAUGAUUGCGUCUUAUCACAACUCACAAGAAUAAAAUGUAAAAUAUUAUGUACUUGUAGCACGAAUUAAGAUUUAAUAUUAAUAUAUUAUUAUUAUUCGUAUUAUUAUUCGUGACUUGUAGUAAGUACAAUAAUAUUAUUAUAUAAAAUGUCCAGAAACUGUUUUGUUCCUGGAUGUCGAGAGGGCUACAAAUCCAAAAUUAAAAUUAAUAAAUGGCAAGGAAUAAUAAAAACAACAAUGUUUAAGGCGCCCAAGGAUCUACUGCUUCUGGAGAAAUGGGUCAAAGCUAUCCCACGAGCUGAUAGAGAAUUGCGUCCUGGGAUUGAUAGUGUAUGCGAAAAACAUUUUGAUGAAACCUAUCUUAAUAGAUAUUUUGAAACCAAGUUGCCUGAUGGUUCAAUUAAUCAAAUAAAAAGAGAUAGAAUAAUAUUAAAAAACAAUGCGAUUCCAUCAAUUUUCCCAGAUUUGCCACAGUAUUUAACUAAAAAGAGACCGAUUGAAAAAAUUAUUGCAGAAAAAAAGAUACUUUUUAAUAAUUAUAUUCCAAAUAAAAUUGACGAUAUUUCAAAUACAACUGACCAUGUUUCUGAAACUUUUAAUAAUUUACAUGAUAUACUAAAAAAUAUGUCAUUACCUGAUGGAUGGUUUUUUACUUAUUUGAAUAGAUCAUUGGUAUUAGGUAAUUUAGAUUCAAAUUAUGAAUUAAUAAAAAAAAUUAUAGUAUCAAAUAAUGACUUAAAUUUAAAGGUAUUCAUUAGAAAUAAGUUAAUCAAUAUAACAUGUACGUCAGUUACAUGUAUUGAAGAUAUAACAAAAGUACUAAAAAUAGUUGAUGAUUUUGUAAUGUGUCCUGGAACUGGAAUUGAUAAUUGUCCAAAAUCUGAUCAAUGUUGUGAGCACAUAAAUUUAAUUUCAUUGAAUCAAGUUCGUAAUCCACGCUGUACUGAGUGUGCCAAAAAAAGGAAAUAUUUUAUGGAUACUCAAAGAGUUUUCCUAGAACAGAUUAAUGAAAAACCAACUACAAAACCUGUUUUAAAGAAUGUUUUACGAAUAAAUAAACGGCUUAAUAUUAAAGUUACAAAUUUACAAGCUAAAGUAGGAUUGUUAAAACAACAAUGUGCAGAAGCAUCUGCAAAAUCUAUAGAAGAAGCAAUUAUAGAGAUGCCAGAAAAUCAACAGGAAGCUGUUCGCGCUUGCUUUGCAGCAGCAAAAAAACAUAAUGUUAAAGGUAAUCGAUAUACUAUUAAUUGGAUUUAUGAAUGUUUGUUGAUUCGUAUCAAGAGCAAAAAGGUAUAUGAACAUCUUCGUUCUAAAAACAUACUGACUUUACCUUGUGUGGAUACCCUGCAAAAGUAUAUACAAAAAAUGUCUAGCCAGUAUGGCUUUCAACAAGCUACUUUUGAUAUUUUAAAAAAAAAAUCUUCAACAAUGAAACCUGAAGAAAAACGAGGAACCUUACUUCUAGACGAAAUGAAGUUAAGUGAAUCUGUUUCAUCAUAGGCGGAACUAGACAUUUUAAUUAGACUGGGCCACUCAUGAGAGUCAUUUUUCACCUAUCAUACUCAAAAGAAAUAAGGGUGGAGAGUGAUAUAUGGAACAUUAAUGUUUUUUUUUAUUACAAUACAACUGUAUAACAUAGGUAAUUAUUGAUGUUAUAAAUCUAAAAUUGUAUCACUUAUAAGUUAUAAUAUAAACUAAAAUGUUACAUGUGAAAUACAGAUACUAAUAAUAUUUAAAAUUGUAUCUUAAAAUUAAGACUUAUAAAGCUAAACGACGUUCAUAUGGGACCAUUCUUUUAAAUUCUUCGAUCACAUCAUUAAUGUCGACAUUUUUUGCCAUGGUUUGUUCAAUAUAUGGACAAGAUUAGAAUCAAUAUUAGGUUAUACAAUUUUAUAACUAAGGCGCGGAUUUUUAUGUAAUAAAAGUCAAAAUAUGUUAAUAUUUAUGAUUUUUUUUUUUUACCAAAAUAUGUAUUAAAAAACUUGAAAUAUUUUUUUUUUUUUUUUGUUAGUAAUAUAAUAUGAUAGAACUAGUAAUUCAAUUGUGAACAACUGUGCAAAAUUAAUAAGUAAUAAAUAAUGAAUAAUAAUGUUACAUUUUA